UUCUACAGUCCCACAGAGACUCGCUGCUCUGUCUCACACACUCACACUGUUUUCCGAUCUGUUGCUCCCGUCACACCUCCAUCUCUCUCUCUCCCUCUCUCCCUCACCCCCCCUCUCUCUCUCACACACACACACACACACACACUGCUGAUCCUCUCUCGCUUGUUCUUUCACACACACACAAGACAAGGAGGUCAUGGACAUAGACGACACCACAGGUAGACGCGGGACAGGGGGUGUUCUGGUGGACAUGGAUGGGACGUGUGAAGAAGGAGAUCACAUGCUCAGGAGUCACAGUGAAGAGGCUAUUGUUGACUAUGGCAAGACCAGAUCAGCAUUACAUGCAGACUUUGAGACUGAAGAACUAGAAAGUCACAGGGCUGUGUAUGUAGGGGUUCAUGUCCCUCUUGGGAAAGAGAACAGACACAGGCGUAGACACCGAGGACACCGACACCACCGCAGGAGAACCAAAGAGAGAGAAUCAGAGCAGGACGCAGGAGAGAGAGAAUCUCUCGCACAAGACACCCCAUCUCAGCGUGUGCAGUGUAUUCUGGGUACUGAGGACGGUGACGUGGAGCACGUCCCUCAUGAGCUCUUCACUGAGCUGGAUGAACUCUCUAUUCGACACGGCAACACCGAGUGGAGAGAGACAGCCAGAUGGCUGAAGUUUGAGGAGGAUGUUGAGGAUGGAGGAGAAAGGUGGAGUAAGCCUUAUGUAGCCACGCUGUCUCUGCACAGUCUGUUCGAGCUGCGCAGCUGCAUCCUCAACGGCACCGUGCUGCUCGACAUGAAGGCCGACUCCAUCGAGGACAUUGCGGACAUGGUGAUAGACAGUAUGGUGGCGUCGGGGCAGCUGGAUGAGUCGUUAAGGCCGAAGGUGCGAGAGGCCGUGCUGAAACGGCAUCACCACCAGAACGAGAGGAAGCUAAGUAACCGCUUCCCGCUGGCCGUGCGCUCGCUCGCCGAUAUAGGCAAGAAACACUCCGAGCCGCUGUUACUGGAGCGCAGUGGUGAUGGUUUGUCCACUUCCCGUAACUCUCUUCUGAAACUGGGUGGCUCCAUUUCCAACCUGUCCCAGAGGAGCGACUCGAGAGUCUCCAUGCUGCUGAACCAUCUCCUCCCUGGCACCUCGCCCAGCCCUGUCCCCACCCCUCUGAGCACCCCACCGUCUUCUCGACACUUUGACCUGACAGAGAGAGCCCCACAGGUCCAUCUGGAAAUCCCGGAGGUCGUGGUGUCUCCACCAGAGGAGGAUGAAGAGUCAGAGGAAGAUGUUCUGGAUGUCAAAGCUGGUGAAGACAAGUAUUUGUGUACAUUGGCGUCGUCUUCUUUUCUCUCUGGCUCUGUGGAUGCAGGCAGAUUGAGUGACAGCAGAUCAGCCAAGUCAGGCAACAGCAAAGAUGGCAGCACUGUAGAUCUUAGCAAGGUGGACAUGAACUUCAUGAAGAAGAUUCCUCCAGGUGCCGAGGCCUCCAACGUUCUGGUAGGUGAAGUGGAUUUCCUGGAGAAGCCGAUCAUAGCGUUUGUUCGUCUCUCUCCUGCUGUGCUCCUCACGGGACUCACGGAAGUGCCAGUGCCAACCAGGUUCCUGUUUCUACUACUCGGGCCAUAUGGAAAAGGUCCUCAGUACCACGAGAUCGGACGCUCCAUGGCCACUCUGAUGACAGACGAGAUCUUCCACGACGUGGCGUAUAAAGCCCGGGACAGAGCGGAUCUCCUUUCUGGCAUUGAUGAGUUUUUAGACCAGGUGACUGUUCUUCCUCCAGGAGAAUGGGACCCCACCAUACGCAUCGAGCCUCCCAAGAAUGUUCCAUCACAGAUGAAGCGGAAGAGACCAUCACAACCUAACGGAACCGUGACGUCUACCGAGCCGAGCCACGAGGAGGACCACCAACCCGGCCCAGAGCUUCAGAGAACAGGGAGGAUUUUUGGUGGACUGGUGUGUGAUAUAAAGCGUAAAGCUCCUUUCUACUGGAGCGACGUAUUGGACGGCUUCAGACUGCAGUGUGUAGCGUCGGUGCUCUUCCUCUACUGCGCCUGCAUGUCUCCUGUUAUCACCUUCGGGGGACUUCUAGGAGAAGCUACCAAGAGUAACAUUAGUGCUAUCGAGUCAUUGUUUGGAGCGUCUCUGACAGGAGUGGCGUUCUCUCUGUUCGCCGGUCAGCCCCUGACCAUUCUGGGCAGCACGGGGCCUGUACUGGUGUUUGAGAAAAUCCUCUUCAAGUUCUGCGAGGAUUAUGGAAUGUCCUACCUGUCCCUUCGUGCCUGUAUCGGACUGUGGACGGCGUUCCUUUGUAUAGUGCUGGUGGCAACUGACGCGAGUUCACUGGUAUGUUAUAUCACACGCUUCACAGAGGAAGCAUUUGCUGCACUCAUCUGCAUCAUCUUCAUCUACGAGGCACUGGAGAAACUGCUGCAACUCCGAGAGACCUAUCCCAUCAACACACACACUGACCUGGAUAACCUCACACUGUACAGCUGUCAGUGCUCGGCUCCCAGUCAAAUGUCCAAUGAGACCCUGCAGAUCUGGAACUCAACAGGACACACUACAGAUUCAAUACCAUGGAAUCAACUCAAUGUGACGAUGUGUAAGCACCUGCAUGGCGAGUUUGUAGGUCCUGCUUGCGGACUCCAUGGACCCUUCAUCCCUGAUGUGCUAUUCUGGUCCAUCAUCCUCUUCUUCACCACAUUCUUCCUCUCUUCUCUGCUCAAGCAGUUCAAGACAGAAAGAUAUUUCCCUACCAAGGUGCGCUCCACUAUCAGUGAUUUUGCCGUGUUUUUGACUAUAAUGGUGAUGGUGCUGGUGGAUUAUCUGGUUGGGAUUCCAUCACCCAAACUCAAUGUGCCUGAUCGCUUCGAGCCCACUUCGAAGCACCGUGGUUGGCUGAUCUCUCCGCUUGGUUCUAACCCCUGGUGGAUGGUUCUGGUGUCAGUAAUUCCUGCUCUUCUCUGCACCAUUCUUAUCUUCAUGGACCAGCAGAUCACUGCUGUCAUCAUCAACCGCAAAGAGCACAAACUCAAGAAAGGCUGUGGUUAUCAUCUGGACCUGCUGGUGGUGGCUGUGAUGUUGGGUGUGUGUUCAGUGAUGGGACUGCCAUGGUUCGUGGCUGCAACAGUUCUCUCCAUAUCACACGUGAACAGCCUGAAGCAGGAGUCCAGCUGCUCAGCACCGGGGGAACAGCCCAAAUUCCUGGGCAUCAGGGAGCAGCGGCUUACCGGAGUACUCAUCUUCACCCUCAUGGGCUGCUCCGUCUUCAUGACCUCCAUAUUGAAGUUCAUUCCCAUGCCUGUGCUGUAUGGAGUCUUUCUCUACAUGGGGGUUUCCUCUCUGAAAGGCAUUCAGUUCUUCGACAGGAUAAAGCUGUUCGGUAUGCCGGCGAAGCACCAGCCCGAUCUUAUCUACCUGCGGUACGUGCCGCUGUGGAAGGUUCACGUCUUCACGCUGGUGCAGCUCACGUGUCUGGUUCUGCUGUGGGUUAUCAAAGCCUCGGCCGCUCGCGUCGUCUUCCCCAUGAUGGUGCUGGCAUUAGUGUUUGUGCGAAAGCUGCUGGAUUUCUGCUUCACCAAGCGAGAGCUGAGCUGGCUCGAUGACCUGAUGCCCGAGAGCAAAAAGAAGACAGAGGAUGACAAGAAGAACAAGAAAGCUAAACAGGAAGCUGAGGAGAUGAUGGAGGACGAGGAAGAGGCAGAGGCAGAGACAGAGGCAGGGCUAGCAUACACAGGAGGAAGAGGAGGAGGAAACGUGCUGAAGAUUCCACUGCAGGCUCGCUGUGGCAGGUCCUGCAAGACAUCAGUUCUGUCCACUCACAGUACAGAAGACGAGUAUGAUUCAGGAGAAGGUGGCAUGUGCUAGGCUGAACAUAGAAGCAGUCCGGGGUGGAAAGGACAACUCGAACGUAGAGACGGCACUUUAGGGCGGAGUUUAUUCCUUCAUUUUUGGAGCCACGCCUACUCCACCGCUGGAGCGAAGCAGCUCAUAAUCAGCAACUCGAUCCUGGGGCUUGAGUCAGCCGGCGCCCACUACUGGACUGGAAGACUGAGAGAGAGUAGCCGUGGAGGAGAGAGAGCACAGUGUGUGCAGGAACCCGACUCUGACGACACAGAAAAUACUGUAAUGACUCUGUUAUUGUUUCUUUAUUAUUCAAGCACAGGAGACACUUUGUCGUUUUAUUUAGUAAAUGUUUCUUGUUGUUUUUGUUCAUUUACAAUAGUCUACAUUUUAUCCAUAUAGGUGCAGUCUGACAGCAGGCUUCCACGCCUUAAAUCACUGACUGCGUAACAUAUAUUGAGCAGAACAGCUAACUGGCAAAAAAAUCGAUGGAAUCUUUUUAACAAAAAAAUUGUCAGUGAAUUUUAGUAUCAGUUACAUGGUUUAAUCUUAACAUGAACAACACUGUAGAUGAUGUUACGUGUCGCCAGCCAGUCUCCAUCCUGCUUUCGGUUCACAUUCACAUCAAAACUUCAGGGAGUCGAUUCCGAAAAAAAAAAGGAGUCGAUUCCCUGAUUCCAGGCAUUGAAAACUAGGAGUCGAUUCCACAUAGCGUAAAUGAUUCACCUCCAGCGAACAGAGCAAGCGUAGUGAAUUUAACGUGCAAUAGCGAUAUUCCUACACAUCUAGACCGGAAGUGAACUAGACUCAAGUCUAAAUGAUUCAGAAUGUUGGUCCAUUUAUUUAUUUUUUUUACACCUAGUAAACAAACAAAAAUGUACGUUACAGUAGUCUGAGUGGUCGACGUAAACGCUUGAUCAUAUUCUCCCAUCUUGAUGAAUGUCAGUCAUUAUUAUCUGAUCUAUUAUCAAUCGCCUGAUAUUUACUUAAGCCAUGUUCAAAGCUCUAGUAGUAGUACUAGCUGAUUCAAAUGCUGGAAAGAAAUAUUUAUUUAUGUUUAUUUAUUUUUUUAUUUUGUAUAUUUUCAUAUCCCAAAUGACUCAUUGAUGAUUUAUAAAAAAAAAUAUCUUAAUUGAUUAAUUAGGGGGGGGGGCAUAACCAACAGAUCAUUAAAAUAGUCCCGAUUUCAUUUUUGCCACAGGUGCAAUAAAAAAAAAUCAGGUGUUGGAGAAGUUAACACAAAUUAUUAAAAAAAAUAAAAAAAAUAAAAAAAUAAAUUAAUAAAAAAUA